UGUAUGUCCGCGACGCUGGCGGAUCCGUAUCGAGAGUAUGCUAUUGAUUAUUCUCAACAUGCUACCUGCAAACCUGAGGAACACGCAGGCACGCUUGUUUACCACGCACAGCAGCCGCAUCUCCAGCACCAUAAGCAGCCCGAGCCUCCAUUCUCUCAGGGAGCCUCUCAUAGCACGACGGCAUUUGAGCAACAUCAUGCGAACGCGACCGUGUUAUCAGCAGCCACUCAGCAACCGUCAGUUCAUGAUAUGUCGCAGAGCGUUGUCCUCGGCCCGCCCCAGAUGCUCCCACGACACCUUCCAGUGCAGUAUCCACCUGCCAGCUUCGAAAUCCCCCCUAUCCAGCGCGAGAAAAAACGCCAUCACUCGGAGACCGAAGAGGAUGGGAACCCCGACCAUGGCCUGCGGCCGCAGCUAUCAGUCCUCUCAGCUGACGCCCCUCACGAACCCUCGCACUCUCCCGAAAUGCUCUUCGGUGUCCAUGGCGCAUCAUCUCAGCAGCAUCCCAUGUCAAACCAUGGCUUUGGGCCCACGGACUCUGUGGCCCUGCCGCAACAUCACCAUCACCAUCGACUCCCGCCCCAUGCAGCGCUGCGCGCCCCAGGGCGUCAUGGAGUGAAUGUGGAAUCUCCUCCUUUGCCCUCGGGCCCGCCGAGUGUGGUGGGCCAGCCUGGAAUGCCUGAUCCAGCCCCCAGGCCUCGAGGACCAAAACUGAAGUUUACUCCCGAAGAGGACGCUCUACUGGUGUAG